CUCCUUCCACUCCCACACAUUCGUUUCCAACACCACAUUCUCUACUCCAAACAAUGUCACUCCUUUCACUCAUCCGUUCUCUCUCCAACCGCCAUCUCCGCCUGGACACCAACGCCCACUCCUCCGAGCUGAAACAGCUCCGUCCCCGACCUUCGUGCGAGCAGCGCGUGGAGACCACGCGCGAGUGCAUUGUCCAGUCCAUCGAUGGGAUCCUGCUCGCCCCGCCGGAGAAGGAUGCGCAUCGGAGGACGAAGCGCGUGAGGGGGAGGCAUAUCUCCUUCGAUAAGACCACCGAAGCACAUCAGCACUUCAAGUCGCUCGGUUAUCCACGUCCCCUUGCCUGCCAGGUCGAGGAGCCCCGCCAGCCUUACCAACCCCAGCCAGCACACUGGAGCAGGAGCUACCACCUCAUGUAUGAAGGCUGCGAAGGGCCGAUUAUCCAAGAUGCCAUGUAUAUGAGCUUGAUGGCUGUGCUCUUUCCCGAACCGACCCAGACUCCCUUCGUACCCCCCGAGGCACCUGUGCUCCCCUCCAUCGAGUCCUUCGCGACGAUCAAGCAUCAUGCGAUCAACGACGACUUUUCUCUCGAGACGUUCACUCCGGCCUCCUCCCCGCCCUCCACGCCCAAGUCGUCACCUCGCCGCAGGACAGUCACCGGCAACGCCAGCCCGCGUCGUACACAAGUCUUCCUCCGUUCCUCGUUGGCAGACUCCCCCGCUUCAAGGCCGUCUCCUGUUCGCAGCGUCCAACAGUUUCAAGAAACCCCGACACGCAAGACACCGACUUUCAAGCGUCUGCAGGAUAGUGUGUCCAUGCAAGCAGUCCUAGGUCUCAGCGUGAGCGUGAGCACGAGCCUCGACUCUACCGCCAACUUCGCCCUCGGCGUGGUUGUGGCUAGCGAAUCCAGGGACAGUGGGAAGACCUGGGACAGUAUCAAGGAUUUGAACAUGCAGUUGCAGGAGAGGCGGAGGACGCAGACGGCGGCGUUUUGAGUUGCUAGAACGGUAACAAUGUAACAAUACAGCAUGUAUAAUAGAAGCACUAGUGUACAAUCACAUGUAUGUACAACACAUUUAA